ACCGCCACUUACAAACGGCACCGAACGAAGCACGCACUCGUGCACGGUGAUAUCUACGUAGGAGUACGACCGAACAAUUAGUCAGAUGGCGAGCGGCAGCGGCAAGGCGACGGCGUCGUCGUGGGCGGCGGCGAUGAGCGUGGGCGCGGGCACGGUGGAGGCGCUCAAGGAGCGGCACUCCGGGCUGUGCCGCUGGAACCACCACGCGCUCCCGUGCGUCUUCCAGCAGCGCGCCGGCACCUCGGCCGCCGGGAACGGCACCUGCGGCAAGGGCAAGGCGGCGCCCACUGCCGGUGGGGCGGCGGCGAGGAGGAAGGCGAGGCAGGAGCAGGAAGAGGAGCUCCGGACGGUGAUGUACCUCAGCAACUGGGGACCCAACAACUAACUGUAGCGGAUUAGUCAUUACUUACAGACUACAAUCCUCUAGAUCUUCUUAGAUGGCUAGACUAAGGGCCUGUUCGGCCUUCCGCCAGCUCCGCGGAUCUGCGGAGCGCGUAUAUCGCAGCUCCACCUUUUCAGCCUGCAGCUCCGCCGGCUCCGCGAGCUGACUCGGGAGUGGAGGGAUUCCGAACGCUCCCUAAGACUGGUGCGCUAGCUGGCUGGAUGAUGUGAGCUCAGCAUGCACAUUCAAUCUCGAGCUAGUGUAAGACACCUUAUAUACUUCCAUGACCCGGAAGGUUUCAGAAACAGAGGUUGACAUCGCAAUGCUUAGCGGCAAUCUGCAAACUGUCGCUCUGAAUUUACAGCGUUGAGCAUACAGAUUAUCCUACAGUUCAUCGCUGUUACUUUUUUGUUGUUGUUGUUGUUGUUGUUGUAAAUCACCGUCGUAUGGCGAAGGGGGAAUGGGGAAUAUGCUUUCCGCUGUCAUCAUUUUCGGGGGUUUUCAAUCCUAGCUCAGCACCGUUUUGUGUGGCUGGAUGAUGUGAGCUCAAUAUGCGCAUUCACUCUCGAGC